CCCACACACCCACCGCUGCCGCGAUCUCACACUCGCACUUCUUAGUUAUACUCUAAAAUAGGCGGCGAGACCCGAGCGUCGGAGCUCGCAAUUUAUAGAAACCCGGCGUGAAAGCGUUCGCUCCGGCAGUUAAGAUAUACAUCCGAGUUUAAAACAUGGAGUCCCCUCCAGAUCCGGCAAAUGACACGGGCAGCGGCGCUGCGGAGCCGGCUACCCCGGUCAGGGACACCCCGGUUAACCUGGAGACUCUCGGAAAAACUGACCAGCAAGCCCCGGUUCGAAGGCAGAGCUGUUCGAGCACCAACAGAGGUAUUUCUGUAACAAAGAAGACACACACUUCUCAAAUCGAAAUAAUUCCUUGCAAGAUCUGUGGCGAUAAAUCAUCGGGAAUCCAUUAUGGCGUGAUAACGUGCGAGGGUUGCAAGGGCUUCUUCAGGAGAAGUCAGCAGAGUAAUGCUGCAUAUUCCUGCCCCCGGCAGAAGAACUGUCUGAUUGACCGAACCAGCCGCAACCGGUGCCAGCACUGCCGCUUGCAGAAGUGCCUGGCAGUGGGCAUGUCACGGGAUGCCGUGAAAUUUGGCCGCAUGUCCAAGAAGCAGCGUGACAGCCUGUAUGCGGAGGUGCAGAAACACCGGCUGCAGCAACAGCAGCGGGACCACCAGCAGCAGCCUGGUGAGGCCGAGCCGCUCUCGCCGCCUCCCGCCUACGGCCUGUCCGCCAGCGGUCUCACCGAGCUGCAGGACGACCUCGGAGGCUACAUGGACGGUCACACGUCCGAUGGCGGCAAGCCGGACUCUGCUGUCGGCACAUUCUACCUGGACAUCCAGCCCUCGCCGGACCAGUCUGGCCUGGACAUCAACGGCAUCAAGCCCGAACCCAUCUGCGACUACGCCCAGGGUUCCGGAUUCUUCCCGUACUGCUCCUUCACCAACGGGGACUCCUCCCCCACAGUGUCCAUGGCAGAGCUCGAGCACCUGGCCCAGAACAUUGGCAAGUCCCACGUGGAGACGUGCCAGUACCUGCGGGAGGAGCUCCAACAGAUGAGCUGGCAGGCCUUUCUCCAGGAAGAGGUGGAGAGCUACCAGAACAAGCCCCGGGAGGUCAUGUGGCAGCUGUGUGCCAUCAAAAUAACUGAGGCCAUCCAGUAUGUGGUGGAGUUCGCCAAGCGCAUUGAUGGCUUCAUGGAGUUGUGUCAGAAUGAUCAAAUCGUACUUCUAAAAGCAGGAUCUCUGGAGGUUGUGUUCGUCAGGAUGUGCCGUGCCUUCGACUCUCAGAACAACGCAGUUUACUUUGACGGGAAGUACGCAGGACCUGAUGUCUUUAAAUCAUUAGGCUGCGACGACCUGAUUGGCUGUGUCUUUGAGUUCGGGAAGAACUUGUGCGCUGUGCAUCUGUCCGAGGAUGAGAUCGCCUUGUUCUCAGCAUUUGUGCUGAUGUCUGCAGAUCGAUCCUGGCUUCAGGAGAAGGUCAAGGUGGAGAAACUCCAGCAGAAGAUCCAACUGGCACUUCAGCACGUCCUGCAGAAAAACCAGCGAGAGGAUGGCAUUCUCACAAAGUUGAUAUGCAAAGUGUCCACUCUGCGAGCGCUGUGCAGCCGGCAUACAGAGAAGCUGAUGGCUUUCAAAGCAAUAUACCCAGACAUUGUGCGCACACACUUCCCUCCCCUGUAUAAGGAGCUGUUUGGCUCGGACUUCGAGCAGGCGGCACCGGUGGAUGGGUAGCCGUCCUGCUGCGCCGAGGAAUGUGAGCGGGCCAGAGCCGGAGCAAUCUGAGACGCGUCACCGUAGCCGUGGAUUUCGGGACAGUCCACUCGCUGCACACUCGGGGGGGUGGGGGGGGGCUUCUCUUUUGGUUUGUCUUAUUGUCAUUUUUCUUUUUUUUCUUCUUCGGUUAUAAACCGGUGUGGGGUCCUUAUCCUGCGCACUUUUGGGAGGUGUCUUUUUAAAACGUGUUCAGGGUGAACUCAAACCUCCCAUGCAUAUACUUCUGGGGCAAUUUUUUUUCUUCUUUUUUUUUACCCAUUUUACCAUCUUCAGAACGUAGAAGAAUCCCCCGAAACGUCUGGAGCAACUGCGAUCCCAGCCGGCCCAUCUUUUCUCCAACAGCCCUUACAAAAACGAACCCGGCUAUGCGGAUUGACGAGUCCAUUGUGAAUCCUUCGGUUUGUACCAUUCCCAAAAGACAGAGGGGGUUCUUCAAAGCCAAACUGUGGACCCAGUGGGAACUCGAGGGUUUGUUGAACUCCACGUAUAUCCUGGGGAACCCCUAGCCACUGAUACUCUUAUUUGGUAAGUGUCUGGAAGGCUGACUCAUCGUCACACGAAAAGGGGGCAAAAUGCAGGAAAAGGAUCUUUCACCGGCACAGACGCGAAAGGCACCUUUACGUGGACAAUCAUGAAAUUCUGUCCGUUCUGGUCAAAUGCAAAGACUUUAAGAUGUCAAAGAGUCCAUCCUUCAUUGUGACACGGUGAACCCAUGUAAGUUCAUAGGCUGUAAGUUCCUCCAUGAAGAAGCAUCCUGCAGAAAUUCAGCAUACUGACGUAACAGUGCAGUUCCACCUCUUUCAUAAUGUACUACAGGGUAUACGGUCUUAAGUACUUACUUAAAUACAAAAAGGUAAUAUUUAUAGAAUCUAUUUUAAAUAAGAUAUUAGUAGGUAGAAUAUUCUUAAUUGUUGAAUUGAUAAGGCACUUUUUGCACCUUUAUUUUAUUUAAGACUUGUGUAAAACCUUGUAGUGUGUUGCAUGUGCACAAGAGAUACAGUCUUAAGCACGUCCAUGGACAUCAGCUGUUGGAGGUACAGGGGCUGUCAGAGGUCUGCGUGUGGGGGGGGUGGCUAAGGAUAGCUACCACUGGCACUGCCAGAAACGAAUUUCACCACUCACUCAUUGUUCUUACUCUCGAAGUCACCUGUCGUUGAUUCCUCUUUCUGAGGAUGACUGUUGAAGCGUCUGUAGGGAAUUGACACUUCAUCAGGGUGGAAUCCCACAACCGACCAAGGCCUGGUUAAGGGUUUAUCGAAGGGAAACCUCGGUCUAUCAUUUACAAGCUUUGUCCAUCCAUAAAUAUAGCACUUGUUUAUAGAGGAGAGCCGGUAAUGGACACACAAAUACACACUUUAACCAACAUGGGAAUCAUUAUGAGAAAACGAUCCCACAAUCACUGCACACGGACAUACGUUCAUACGUGGUCAUUAGUAAGAUCUGUAUCACGCAAUCAAGAGACCAGAGAUCGCGCCAGGAUGUCAUGGCGAAUCUGUCUUACCAGAAAGAAGAGUGAUUUUUGUAUUUUUUUUUUGCAGAAUUUUUUUUUUUAUUAUUUAUUGCAAUACUAGGGUAUUAACUGAGGUCUAUAGAAGGAAGUGGUUAUUUCAGCUAAACGCUGCCUGUGAAUGUCAUAUGCAGCUCAAAAUCGCCAUCUAGUGGCUAAGAAUGGGAGGUCUCCUUGAACGCAUUUUCCACAGGCUGCUAAGCCCUAAGAUCAAAGGAAGAGGGGAUUUGCAGUGGUGACCCUUGUGACAGCCAGCUGUCCCUAACUAUUUCCGACCGUCAGCUGAUCCUUACAGGUAUUCCCCCCCUGUCCAUUCACUGUGUGUGUGUACAGCUGUGUAUAUGUAACUGCUUCUGUACAGUAAGUUCUGAAUUGUUGAUUACAUUUCAUUUUGGACAGGAUAUUAGAAAAAAAAAACGUACAUAUUCGACGCCUCAUCUGGAAGUGAAACUUCUAUUUUUCUAACCCAUAACGAAUUGCAUGUUAGAGACAACAAGUGGCACUUAGAAAAUUCCUGCAAUAAUUCCUGUGCGUUAUCUGUGAAAAAAAGAAACAAUGCAAUUAUAUUGCAAGACAAUGAUAGACAAAACUACCUUUCUAAUUACCAUUUCUUGUUUUAUUUGGAAGUCUCUCGGGCCGUGUUGAGAACUGCGUCGCUGUUCGUACCUCCACAUACCAUCGUUGUCUUUUUUUUAUUCUGCAUUUUUUCCUCUGUCUAGAAAAUUCUGGUGUUUUGACAUUCCAAGAAGUCUAUGGAGUCUGGAGUUGUAGAAAUAUGGCAGGCCUCUUCAGCGGUGUUUCUGCGGAGCAGGAAUUAGGGCGUGGUUUUAUUUGAGCAUUAGAAAGGCAGGCUUUGCUCUUCUCUAUUCCUCUGCAACAGUGCAAUAUGUAUGUGGCAGGACACAGUUUGUUGUGCACCGGUAUCCCUCAGGGCCUGCAUGGUUUAGCUUAGUCUUUCCUUUUUUGUGUGAAAUUCUUUUUUCGUUUGUUUUGUUCUUAUUUCAUUUAAGGAUGUCGGCUAACAGUCUAGUCAGAUUUCCAACAAGAGGAAGUCUUUUCAAAUCUUGCCUUCAUUUGCUAAAUGUAGUACAGUCUGAGGCAUAGAGUCAUACUUACGUAAUUUUUUUUUUAACUCAAACAGAAGGGUGCGAAAGAAAAUUGCAGUUCUCAGCACACUUGUAUUAAGAGCAAGAUGUGGAUUAUCUAUCUCCUUAUAUGGGCAACAGACGCCUAGACCUACAGUGAACAUAAAGUCAACAUACAGUUUCCAUCACUUUACUUGUACUUUGCAAUACAAUUCGUCUCUGUGACAAAUAUAAACCCAGACAUUCACUACAUUUUACUCCAACAUAUUUGCCGAGAAAACCAAAUCAUUUUUUUUUUAAAUAUGUUGAACAUAAAAAUGUUUACUUGGGCUGGGAUAAGAAGCAAUACUAAACUAUGCUCAGAAUCUAUAUGUUUUUAUAAUAAUUCUGUUUAAUUCAUUUGCCGGCUACAACCCAAGACACGUAGAGUUGCAUGUAUGUUAAAUAAAGCCAGUUGCAGGAUUUAGAGAGGAGACUCAUCCUUAAAGCAGAUGUGAGCCUGAAGCCAGUCAUGCUGUUUAGUCUGAGAUGAUGUGAAGUGAGAGCUCAGGGAGAAACCAGUGAAGGACCCAUAGACAGGUAACGUCGAGCAUAAUGAACGUCUGCCCCGAUAUGCGAUUUCAGCGUGAGUUAUCGCAUUGAUUGCAUGAUUUCCUACAUGCAGCCCAAUCUCAUUUUAAUAUUGCUUGUAUAAGGUUCAGAUGAAUCUCGGGAAUUAGAACUGGAAAUUCGAGAAUUGACUUUUUUUUCCCCAUUGUACAAUCUUUUUUUAACCUGUAGUGAAGAAUGCAUUCCGUCUAGAAAACACGAUUGUUACAAUAGUGUUUUAUGUCAGACAUCACUGCACUAUGUUAUUUGCUGCUGUUGAAAGUAUACGUUGAAAGUAUUGUACAUCACUAUAAUUUAAUGCAAAUUCUAAACUCAAUUUGUCAGUCGUUAGUCAGUGAAGUCCUGAUUCGAUAUAUAAUUAAAGCCAAAUUGCUGUAUAGUAUUAAUUUUAAUAAUUAUUUUGAAAUAUUUUUAAUAAUUAUUGUUACAACUUUAAAAGUACAACAAUACUCUGAAACUGAAUUAUAUAAUCCCUUUUUACUGACUGCAUUCUGAGCGUCGUGUCACACGACUUAGGAAGGUGAUUAGGAUGAUCUUCUAUCUGAGGGUUUUGCAAUGUUGUAAAUAUUAUUUUCAGAUAAGGCUUGAAGCUAAAUUUAAUUUGUGUCUUACAGAGAAAUAAAGCUUUUUCCUGGUUUCCUAAAUGAACCACAGCAAUCCGCUUGGUGAGUUAAAACUUUGUGCCAAAUAAAUAUUUUCGCUACACUUAAUCAACUGACAUGUUUAGCCCAGUGCAGUGUUUUAAGAUGGGUAAUGUAGUUGCUGCAGUGAAGUCUUGCUUUACACACCUCUGCCCAUCACAUGGCCUCAGCCAACCAGUGGUACCUUGUUAAUUGAUUAUAAGGGAGAGAAUCUCCAACUCAAUAUUUAUGCGGUCGCUUCCUACCAUUCCCAGUAGGUGGCGCCUGUCGUGUUCAUUUGAGAUAUGACUGUGGCAGAAUUAUAAGCAAUAUUAUUUUUAAUAGCCUAAAGAGGUCUUUUAAUGAUAACAGUGGAAGUGGGAAUUUCCCCUGGUAUGACCAAAUGUAGGACCUUGCUUCAGUUCAUGACCCUUCCUGGCAUAGCAUCUCCUCCGCCUGCGUUUCUAACUGUGUAUGUUACUUCCACUUUGGCUCUUUUUCUGUGGUAGAAGAGGCUCAGCUAUUAAAAUAUAGGCAGUCAGGGUUUUUAAAAUAGAAUAUUGUAGGAUUAAUAUAUCUUUCUGUGUUUUGUACUGCCAUGGAUGAAUAUUGAUGUCACAGGACAAUGUCAUCAUUGAAUGAUUAGGAAUGACUAACUGGACAGCAGUGACAGGUGAGCGAGCCGCCGCUGGUGUGGUUCGUGUCGUGUGACAGAGAAACUCCAGCUUAUGGAGCAGACACUGAUCACAGGCCGCAGACGCUCUCUAGUCCGGCACGCCUCACAUUCUCUUUUUUUUUUUUUUUAGCGUAAGGACCACAGGCCAUUCUAGACCCGGUUCCGUUGGGCUUCAGCAAACCCAUUUUUUGCCCCCCUGAAAACUUGCCGUUCCAUAUUUCUUCAGAUUGAAAGUGAGAACCCUACGGGGGCUGAGCCCCAUAAGAGUCACACGCUAGAAUUACCUUUGGUAAAGACUCUUCUCUGGGGUCACUGGUUCGUCUGCGUGUGUGUGUGUGUGUGUGUGUGUGUGUGUGUGUGUGUGUGUGCGUACAAGGCGAACAUAGGGCAGGCUCAGACGAGGCUUUAAUGAUUGAUGGAAGGCAGGGUUGUGUGCCGAGUUUUGCAUUUUAUUUCAUUUAAAAAGAAAUGUCCGCCUGUCCCACAGCAUUUCUCAUUUCAAUCUCUGUUGUUUUUUUUUCCUCCAAAGUACAGCAAGCCAAGUCACGAGAAAAAUAAAUUUAAUUUUUGAAAAAUGACAAGGAAAAAAAAAUAAUUAGCCAUAACGGAAUGUCAAGCAAUAAUGUAAAUGUUUUAUUACUAUUAAUUUGUGCAGUUUGUAGACAUCAGCAUGUAAAUACAAUCUGUUAUUUAUCACCCUUAUUUUGUGGUUAUGUUCUUUAUCAUCUGUAUAUUUGACCAGUUCUGUUCCUUUUUUGAGAACGAAGAACUUCAGAAGGCCUGUAUAUGUCAUUGUUUUUUUUCUCUAUAUAUCCCUUUUCUGAAUUUAUUUCACAAUAUUUAAUGUUAUUAUUGAUCACGUGUAUAGAGGUAACUUUAUAACUUCUUUCUGUAUAGGUAAGGAGAAGAAAUGGCUAUAAAACCCUACUCAGUAUGAAUGUUUAUCUGUUUAUUAAAUACUUCAUGCUGUACAAUAUCCAUUUUAAUAUACUACUCUUGUUUAGAGUGAGUUUGAUAGGGUUAGGGUACGGUGGCUUUUCCUUUGUGUUAAUCUAAUGUGUGGUGCUAGCUGAGUUACUUUUGUGAACAAAUCCUUAAGUCCUAGACUAGGCCACCCAUUCGUCCAUUUAUUUUAUUGAGUAUUGAUGCGUUGUUUAUAUUAGGGCUAAAUAAUGAUAAUGAUAAUGAUAAUAAACAUGAUUAAUGGUAAUGAAAGUACAAUUACUAUAAUACCCAGCAAGUACCUGUAUCAGAGUACUAGGUUUGGGACAAUACACUUUUUUCUCUUCUUACUUUAAGAUUAUUAGCAAAAGCAGUAUCAUUCUAUGAAAAGGCAGAAUCACAAUUAUGUGUGUCUACAGUUUUAGGCAAAAAGAUAUGCAUUGAUUUUUGUGGCUAAAAAGUUCACUCUUCUUAAGGCCCUGUCAGUGGUCGUCCUGCGACCACUGAUUCUUAAAGGACAUACUGAUUCUUGAGUAUUGUAAUAUACACAUAUAAAACUUUUUUUUUUUUUUUUUUUGCCAAUUUCAGACAAAAUUUGCUUGCAAUAAUGUACAUAACACUGAGUACCUGACUCUGUGAUGUAUGAUUCAUAAAUUAUAUUUAAGUUGUUUUUCAGCUUCUCUGGAAAAUUGUUAAAUCAUUUGCGCACACUGGUCAAAUCUUUAAGAAAAAUGUAUUUUUUCACAAUUUGUCGUAUAUGUUUUCCAUGUUUGUAUAACUGCAGAUAACCAUAAAAGACCAUUGAAAACAAACUGUUCUCUCAAACAAUGUGCUGUGUAGGUGACUGGACAUUAACGAUAAUCCAACAUUAAUAAAAUACAAAAACACAUUAUUAACCAGACCAGGAAUAUAAACAUCUUAACUCAAUUAUAUUUCGUAUUGCAUUACAGAUUGUAUAUUAAGUUCUUGUCCAUUUUCACCUGGAAAUCAAUCGACAAUCCAUUUUCUGUUUCUGUUGUCAAAUGUGUUUUUUUGUUUUAAUUCAGGAAAUCAUGGGAUGCAUUGCAAUUCCAAUGUGUGUGCAUGCCGUUUUCCCAGACACACCUUUUUUUUUUGUUAAAUGUACGAUCAAGUCGGUGCAUUUCAAACUAGAGCAGCACAAAUUGUGAAAAUGGGGGCCAGACUCCGUUUUUAUGUCACCUUUGCUACUGAUGUUGAAAUGGGGACAAAUGAACGUGGACAUUUUUAAUCUGGCUCUUCUGAGUGAUCGCUACACAAUGCUUGUUCACCUCUUGUCAGAUUCUUAAAAAAACAAACAAAAAAAUAAGUAUUUUGAUUCAUUUUGUAAAUAAAGCUGUAAAGAAAAUAAGAAAUUUAAUGUUGUCUUUUAAAUACUUUUCAUUCUAAUAUGAAUGUUGUUAUAUUGUACUUAGAAACUGUACCUUUAAUAUUACCUUUAUUAAAAGUGCAUCUAACACAUCGAUUUUAGAUGUGUUUCAUGUGCUGAAAAUCCCAUAAUAAAAAAUGCAACCUGG